GGGUGUCAAUGUAACUAAUGUGGUACCACUUAUUGACAUUGCUGGUGGAGUGCAAACGAGAACAUCUAAAGGUGUACAAGAAGGUGUCAUUGCAAUUGCAGGGGUGAUUACUCCUAAGAUGAUUAGUGAUGGUGUCAAUAUCGGUGUUGAGGUUGGUAAUGGUGUCGGUCUCGGUCUUGGUGUUAGUGUAGGUGUCAGUGUUAGUGCUUGUGCUAGUGACGAAGGUGGUGGUCGUACAAGUGAUAGAAGUACAAAUGUGGUGAAGAAAUAG